GCUCAGUACUGAUUUGGUCGUCGCAGUGUGAGCAAUCGUACCAGCAUCGCCGUUCGUGAAGCAUCAAUUUGCCAUUUGGUGACAUCACUGGAGCUUGGAAAAGCCAUGGCAGAUCAAGCACUCUCGUCAGCCAUCGCGGAAACGUCCACCACCACCACCACCAACGGACAUGGUGAAGAACGUACCGAAAGUGUGAGCGAACAAGUGCCGGAAUUACCCGCCUAUCUGCACGCCGCGCUCAAGCAGCUCGCCCCAAAGGAAGGCUUCACGGAGGGCAACUUUACGAUCGAGUUCGAUUUCGGAUCGAGCAAGGGCGAUGGGUUCGUGGGACAGAUGUUCAAGGCCACCAUCAGCGAGGGCGACAGGCGGGAAGUGUACUUGUGCAAAAUACCCCCACUGGACGAUGCUCGCCGCGAGCAGUUCAGCUCGAUGGCUGCCUUUGCCCGGGAGGUGCUGGUGUACGAUCGCUUCCUCCCUACCAUCUACGAGUACCAGCGAGCGAAGGGCAUCCUGAGCCGGGAUGAUGGGUUUUUCCAUACGCCCCGCUGCUACCAUGCGCACUGCGAUGAGACGGCCCAGGAAUCGGUCAUCAUCAUGGAGGAUCUUCGAUUGCGCGAGUUUCAGCUGUGGAACAAGCACAACAUUAUCGAUUACGCGCACGGCACGCUCUUUAUGACACACCUCGGUCGAUUGCAUGCGAUUUCGCUGGCGAUGAAGCGUGACCAGCCGGAGAGGUUCGCACCGUUCAAGCUGCCGAACCCGUUCGAUCCGAUGCUGAAGGCGGACGGACCGUUUCGAAACAUGAUCCUCUCGCAGCUGCAGAUGGUAAUCGAUGCGCUGCGCGAGCAGGACACGAUCGAGCGGGCCAAGAUGGAGCAGCUAAAGGAGGACGUGUUCGACGAGCUUGCGCGCUGCGGCAAGGCUGAAUUGGCCGAACCGUACGCGGUGGUAGGACAUGGCGACUGCUGGACCAACAACAUGAUGUUCCGAUAUGAGGAGGGAAUCCCGAAGGAAAUCGUGCUGUUCGAUUGGCAGGUGAUGCGCUACGUUACGCCCGUGCAGGACCUGAUGUACUUUAUCUUUUGCUGCACCGAUGGCGAGUUCCGGCGCAAAUAUUAUCACGAAAUGAUUGACAUCUACUAUGACUCGUUGUCGACCAUGUUAACCAAGUUGCAGCAUGACGCGAGUGAGCUUUUCCCCCGUGCAGUGCUCGACGAACAGUUGCUCGUCUUUGGUCGGUAUGGGAUAUUGAUGGGCAUGUUCCUGGUGCCGAUGAUGUGCACUCGCAACGACGAACUGCCCGACAUUGAAGCGUUGGCACAGAAGAUGACGGAAACGCAGCAGCUGGAUGAAAGUUUCUUCAAAACUACUGAAUCCAACCAGGAAGCGUAUGCCACACGCAUCAGGGCCGUGGUUCAAGAUUCCAUACGGUAUGGAUAUUUGUGAGCGUAAAUGUGGCGUACAAGCGUCGUUGGUUUGAGACAACUACGUAAAUCUACGCACAGCACCAGAGAUUGAAUAUUCCUUUCGUGAUUCGAAGAACUCUUCAUUAAAGAUCCAUAUGAAUGAACCUUCUCAAAUGAUCGAUCAUAAAGUAUAACAGCACUCACUCA